GAAACGAGCUGGCACGCAGAGAGCGUUCGCUUUUUUCAUUCACAAAAUUGUCUAAUUCAAGUACGUAAUUUAGUGAAAUUCAAUCGAAUUUCGGUAUUUUUCCUUAGAUAAAGUUGAGCUGAAUUUUAAUUUGUUAAAGAUUUGUGUUCGGAUUGAGUUUAAAGACAGUGAGACGGAUUUUUUUUUCUUCGGUCAUCGUCGUAACAAGUUGUUCAUAGUUUUUUGAGAAUGUCACGAAAUAAGGCGAACGAAGAAACGGACAAGCAAACGCGUAUUGCCAUCGUCAGCGAAGACAAAUGCAAACCGAAACGAUGCCGUCAAGAAUGUAAGAAAUGUUGCCCGGUUGUCCGUAUGGGUAAACUUUGCAUUGAAGUCAGCCCAAAUUCGAAAAUUGCCAGCUUAUCCGAAGAACUGUGUAUCGGUUGCGGUAUCUGUGUUAAGAAAUGCCCAUUCGAUGCUAUCACGAUUAUCAAUCUUCCAAGCAAUUUGGAAAAGCAAACAACACAUCGAUACUCGAAGAAUUCCUUCAAAUUGCAUCGUUUGCCGAUUCCACGGCCAGGUGAAGUACUUGGGUUGGUCGGUCAAAAUGGUAUUGGUAAGUCGACGGCCUUGAAAAUUUUGGCUGGUAAACAAAAGCCAAACUUGGGACGCUUCUCCGAUCCACCAGAUUGGACGGAAAUUUUAACAUAUUUCCGUGGCUCGGAGUUGCAAAACUACUUCACAAAGAUUUUGGAAGAUGAUCUUAAAGCAUUGAUCAAGCCGCAGUACGUUGACCAGAUUCCAAAAGCCGUUAAAGGUCACGUCGGCCCAUUGCUCGAACGGAAGGAUGAUCGCAGUAAUUCAGAGGAAAUUUGUAAAAUGUUGGACUUAACGCACAUCCGUGACCGUGAGGUAGCUGCAUUAUCCGGAGGAGAGCUGCAACGUUUUGCCAUCGCAAUGGUGUGCAUCCAAAAUGGAGAUAUUUUCAUGUUCGACGAGCCAUCGUCAUAUUUGGAUGUGAAACAGCGUUUGAAUGCUGCCUUGACCAUUCGCCAUAUGAUUCAUCCAUCGAAGUUUAUCAUCGUAGUGGAGCACGAUUUAUCCGUUUUGGAUUAUCUCUCCGAUUUCAUUUGCUGUCUAUACGGUGUGCCCGGAUGUUACGGUGUCGUUACUAUGCCUUUCUCCGUGCGUGAAGGUAUCAACAUUUUCUUGGACGGUUUUGUGCCAACCGAAAACAUGCGUUUCCGUACGGAUUCGUUAACGUUCAAAGUCAGUGAAUCGGCCACUGAAGAAGAAAUUAAGCGUAUGAACCAUUAUAUCUAUCCAACGAUGAAAAAGAGUUUAGGUAAAUUUGAGUUAACGGUGAUGCAGGGUCAAUUUAGCGAUUCGGAAAUUUUGGUGCUACUCGGUGAGAAUGGAACGGGAAAAACGACAUUCAUUCGUAUGCUAGCUGGUAAUUUAAAACCAGACGAUGGCUCUGGUGAUUUACCGGUUUUGAAUAUUUCAUAUAAGCCGCAGAAAAUCUCACCAAAACAUCAAGGCACCGUCCGACAAUUGCUGCAUGAUAAGAUUCGCGAUGCAUACGUGCAUCCACAGUUCAUUGCCGACGUGAUGAAACCAAUGAAAAUCGAAGAGAUCAUCGAUCAAGAGGUGCAAAAUUUGUCCGGUGGUGAAUUGCAACGUGUCGCCUUGGUCUUGUGUUUGGGCAAACCGGCUGAUGUGUACUUGGUCGAUGAACCAUCCGCCUAUUUGGACUCUGAACAACGUUUGAUCGCUGCUAAAGUCAUCAAGAGAUACAUUCUCCACGCCAAGAAAACGGGCUUCAUCGUUGAGCACGAUUUCAUCAUGGCAACAUAUUUGGCCGAUCGUGUCAUUGUAUUCGAGGGUACACCAUCAAUGAAUACCACCGCAAACAGUCCACAGUCGCUGCUCAAUGGUAUGAAUCGAUUUUUGGAAUUGCUUGGCAUUACAUUCCGUCGCGAUCCAAACAACUUCCGACCGCGUAUCAACAAAUUGGAAUCAGUCAAGGAUGUCGAUCAAAAACGGGCUGGUCAAUACUUCUUCUUGGAGGAGAACUAAGUCAAGAGGCUUCAGUCGACGUGACUAUCAAUUCCCAUCACUAGAAGUUUACCGUUUUUCUUUUUCUCAAUAAAUUUUCAAAAUAAAAAAAAACCGAGUCUUGCGAUGUUUUCUCUAUUUAUUGAAAUGAUGAGUUUUGGUAUUUGAAUACCUUAAAAUGAACUUUUUGUUUUCAAAAAAUAUUUGAUAUUAUAUCGUCCUUAAAAACUAUCACGCAAACAAUUGACUCCCCAACGAGUAUUUUUCACAUAAUUUUUGUUUUGCAAACUUGUUUUUAUUGAAAUGUAAUUUUAUAAAUAAACUUAUUGGAAAUAUCAUUCAAAUGCA